AUGAAGCCCGUUGUCUCCGCUUUGAACGCCUGGUCGUGCGUCGUUAUCUCCCUCUUCGCAAUCGUCAUCCUCUCAGUCCUCGGCUCGCUCUUCGGUAGCAACAACCACUCCUUCACUGGAUCCGAAGGCGAACCCGAAGAUGGCCCGGCCGUCGCUGCUUCAAUUUAUACCGCUGUGAUUGUCUACGUUGGUUUCUUCUUCUUCUGCGGUUUCCAGGCCUUCCUUCACAUGCGAGACAGCAGGGGUGGCGCUAUAUCACUGAAUUAA